AUGAGCCAAACUAACCGACGGUUCUCUUGUAGCAAAAUGUGGCCAGGGGGGGAGAAAAUAAAGACAGGCGAUGUUGUGAGCGCUCCCAGCAUGUCGCUAAAACCGGAGGAAAGUCGGCUUUAUUUCACCAAAAACUCAUCAGGAACCGGCGCUGGCAGACUGAAAGAAUCCGACAAUGCAGACGCAAACGUUUACGGAUCCGGGCGCAUUAAUUCGCAAGGCUGUGGCAUAGAAAAACACUGCUGUGAAACAGCUGCUCGUCCUCAGGAGUUGUUAAACGCUGGAAGCCGUAUGGGCGACAGCCCCUCUUUUACUGCCUGCGCCACAAUCUCAGAAACAGCCAGGGAGCUCUGCAAAGCCGUGUCCGUGUCGCUGGGUCUGGCCAUGGAGUCCAAUGACACUAGCGACGUGGACCCUGCUCUCCCCCCGUGUGCCGCAAAUGACCAUAUACGCGGAGAGAAUUUGUUCGGAGUCGGAGCCGUGCCCCUGAACUGUCCUGGAGCCCAGGCUGCUGCCACCGAGUACAGGUGCCCCGACAGGGAUGACCGGACCCGGCAGCAGAAGCAACUGGUGGAAGUGUCCAAAAGUUCAGACACUGGUGCGCCUCUGCACCACUUCAGGUCCACUCGGACAUGUGUGGAUGAGCAAAACUUCACACUGUGCGAGGCUGAUGACAUAACUUCAACAGCGCGUACUGCCUCUUGCCCCUAUGCUUCAUCCGCGCCAGGCAGCUUGACACGGUUCGGCCAGACGGCUGCGGAGAGGCCGUGUCGAGUCUACAAACCACCCGAUGAAGCGAGGGAGUCCGCGGAAGCCAUGGAGAGCAAGUUCGGUGGUUAUCAGCCAGAACAAUACAGCGUCAAAGUCAAAUGUGAGGACAACGAAUCUGCGUUAUGGGCCAGUAGUUACACCUUCAAAGAGAAAUGCAACUCUCAGUUCUGGGGUUCGAGGCAUUGCAUGAAUGCGCACAGCACAGGAGCCAGCACCGCGUUCAUAUGUAAUCCAUAUGAGAGGAGCGUCAUGCGCUCUGAGCAGUGGUACCCCGACGGGAUGCUGAGGCCGCCCUAUCCCAACUCCAGCUACAUGAAGACUGAAGUCGGCGAAUGGCUGGAUGUCACCUACAACGACAACAGGUUUAAGGCUGGCAGAGAGCACAUGUUCCCCAUGGAAUUCUUCUUUCCGCCACAGAGGACGUGCCUGAUCUGUUCAGACGAGGCAUCUGGCUGCCAUUAUGGUGCUCUCACCUGUGGCAGCUGCAAGGUUUUCUUUAAAAGAGCUGCAGAAGGCAAACAGAAAUACCUGUGUGCAAGCAAAAAUGAUUGUACUAUUGAUAAACUAAGAAGAAAGAAUUGUCCGUCCUGUCGGCUGAAGAAGUGUUUCGAAGCUGGGAUGACUCUCGGAGCACGUAAACUAAAGAAGAUUGGACAACAGAAAAACCCAGAAGAGGAUCAUCCCGUGCAAGACCCUUCAGAGGUCAUCCAGAAUAUCUCUCCUAAAUCGGGCCUGAAUUUAAACUCCCAGAUGUUCUUUCUCAACAUCCUGGAGUCCAUUGAGCCCGAGGUGGUGAACGCGGGACACGACUGCGGCCAGCCAGACUCAGCUGCCACCCUGCUCACCAGCCUCAACGAGCUGGGAGAGAGACAACUGGUCAAAGUGGUCAAAUGGGCAAAAGGACUGCCAGGUUUUAGAAAUCUCCACGUGGACGACCAAAUGACUGUCAUUCAACACUCAUGGAUGGGGGUGAUGGUGUUUGCCCUGGGAUGGAGGUCCUAUAAGAACGUCAAUGGCAGGAUGCUUUACUUCGCCCCAGAUCUUGUGUUCAAUGAACAUCGGAUGCACAUUUCCACCAUGUAUGAGCACUGCAUUAGGAUGAGACAUCUUUCACAGGAGUUUGUGCUGCUGCAGAUCACCCAGGAGGAGUUUCUCUGCAUGAAGGCCUUGCUCCUCUUCAGCAUUAUUCCGGUCGAGGGUCUGAAGAGUCAGAAGUACUUUGAUGAGCUGCGUCUCACCUACAUCAACGAGCUGGACCGACUCAUUAACUAUCGAAUGACGACCAAUUGCUCUCAGAGGUUCUACCAGCUCACCCGCCUCCUGGACUCUCUCCAGAUGACAGUAAAGAAGCUCCAUCAGUUCACAUUUGACCUUUUUGUCCAGGCUCAGUCGCUCCCCACUAAGGUCAGCUUUCCUGAGAUGAUUGGGGAAAUAAUCUCAGUACAUGUACCAAAGAUCCUGGCAGGUUUGGCCAAACCAAUCUUGUUUCACGAGUAGAGGGAUUUUUUUUAUAUCAAAAAAUGACUCAGCUUUGUUGCCUCCGUAAACUUUAACUAAGGCUUUGCACUGUUUCCCUACAUGUUCAAUCUAAUAGCUCUUAGGCCUGUCCUGUAAUCAUUAUUUUAUUGCUCAAGUCUUUUUUUUUUCCCUUUUAGCCAUAAUUGAGACUGUUUGUUCAGAACUGUUCAAGCUUUUAUCUGAAGAGCUGCAAGGCAUCACCUGUUGACAGCUCUACUGUUUCUAAGUGUAGAGUUUGUGUUUGCGGUUUGAGCAGAGAUGUUGCUUCACACACGCAGUAAGUCUGUAAAUCAUGAUUAUAGCAAACUAAAGGUAAAAGGGUUAGAAGCAUUACGUUUUGCAUGUGACCAUGACUAUACAUACACUUGAUGAGGCACACAUACUGAAAAACAAGAGAAGAAGAGAUGGCCCAAAGAGCACGUGAGAACUGAAUCAUAGAAAUAAAGAGAGAGCUGUUUUUAUAAUCACUGCCUUCAGGUGCAAGCUCCCGUGUGUGAAAUCAAGAGUGGUAAAUACAACUCAGAAGGUAUGUAAGUGCUAAAAUAAGAAAUGUGUAGGUUCUAGGUUCAUUUUAAAUUUCACAUAGUUUAACCGAAACAUAAUUUUUUUUAAUUAAACUUUCGAACAGAUGCACAAAAUCCUGAAAUCUCAGUGUGGCAUGAAAUGUGUCAUUAAACUGUGUAAUAUUACCAGAGUCUUUACUAUAGCUAUCAGUGUAGAUGUGAUAGUCAAGUGUUGCAACUGUAAAACUUGUGUAGUCAAAUGUAAAUAACUAGACUUGUUGAAUAAUUAGGAUUUCUCUGCUGUGUUAAUGUAUAGUAGUUGUUGUGCUGCAGGUGGGUAAUUAAGGAUAAUUAAUUAAUAAUGAAUUCCAUUAUUGUUACUACCAUUAAUGGGCUCACAUGCUUCUGAGAAGCUAAUUCUCUCCCAGUUGUAUUUACCACUUCAUUGGUUUUCACAUAAGUGUUUCUGACAGCAGUCAGAGGUAGGUAGCAGGAGCAGUACUUUAUUUGCUUUUCAAUAUUUAAAUAUUUGACCGUAAAAAAAAAAUUCUCAUUCAAUAUUGACUUCAAAAUAUUGGCAUAAAAUUGGACUUACUGAAGAUUAAAUAAUAAAUUCAAGGGCUUCUUUACCUUGUCUUUGAGAAAGACAGUGGAGACAAUGACAGGUUGUUGUAGUACUGUUGUUGUGUAUGGUAGCAGCCAUACAACCAAAAAAUCUCACACUGUGUAUUUUAAGCUUAAAGGAUAUUUCACAAUUUACUCUUGUCUCCUUCUGAAAUCAAUUAUCAUAUAUGAAUAGAAGUGCAAUUCUUAUACAUAGUGUGGCAUAGUGUACAAUUUCAGCUAAGUGACAGUCAAAAAAAAAGUUCUACUAUACCGCUGAACUUAAAACACUAUCUACACGCUUGGAAAAGAUUGCUGUAGCUUUUACACGUGUUGUCUUCACACAGUACAUUACCCUUGUGUGACUGAACCAAAGCAGCACAAUGCCGACAUCUGCAAGAUGUUAAAAACACAAAGACACUUAAUACAUACUGUCGCUCUGCAAUUAAAACCAUUUCCCAACAGGUUGGCAGCAAAUGUGUAGAGGUGUUUUCUUGAUGUUACUAAUUUUAAAGCAUUAACUAAUAAAUAUGUAAGUGGUGAAACUUGCUAAAGCAGGUACUUGGCAUAAGUGAAAUGAAGAAAAAAUUAUAUACGACAAUUAAAUAUUAAGAUAACUUUACAAAAACUAAGGCAACAUGAGUUAGUUAUUGACACUAAAAUGUAUUCUUACCAAAGAGAUCUUGCACCAAGUCUUGAACACUGCAUGAAAAUUUUAAUUUGUUAUGAAAUGAUUUGAAGAAACAUCGUGCCAUUUCCUGCAUGCCAAACUGUGUCUGUUUAGAUUUUGUGGCUUUAGAAAGUAUUGAACCCCCCCAUGAGAAUAUUUUAGCAUUUACCGUAAAGCAUGUAAAAGCAAAGCCAAGACCCGUGACAAUUACAAGCCUUUAUUUUAGUUUUAUCAAGAGAUUCAUUGAUAAAACUAAAACAAAGUCCUCAGUUCGUCUGCCACCAUCCCUGCCAGACAACAUCGUGACGACGGUGUCGUGCUGUGAGCGGCGGGUUGCAGCAGCAGGGACUGAGAGACUCAUAGGGACACAAGGAAGAAAGGAUGGCACCAAAUACAGACAAAUACUGAAUGAGAAACUUGACUCAGAGUGCCAGAGAUCUUAGAUUAGGGCAGUAAUAUUCCAACAGGACAAUAAAUACGAACUCACAGCCAGCUUAAAACUGGAAGGCCUUCAGAUGUAGAAUGUGAAAGUCCAUGACUGGCCCUGCCAAACCUCAGAGAUAAAACACUGAGAAAAAAAAAAUCAGUGGAAUGCUUUGAAGAUAACACAUGACAUACACUCACUGAAUACAAUUA